AUGAAUCUUGUGAUCAUCAAGUUUCUCCUUUUCUUCUUUUUAUUUCAUUCUUCAAUUAUCACUUCAGCUGUUUCAAACUGCCCAAAAUCAUUCGAAUGUGGAUCGCUUGGUUCUCUCCAAUUCCCACUCUCGAAUUCUACAGGAUGCGGAUUAUUCACCGUUGAUGACUGCGAUUCCGAUAAUCCAACGGUCCAGCUAGAACCUGGCGGUCAAGUGUUUAAUAUUUCGCGCAACAUAUCGACAAAUAGUUUCUUAAUUAAGGAUCAUACGCUUCAGGUGCAGUUGGAUAACAUGAGCUGUUUUGCAUUCAGAAAUGUGAGCCUACCUAAAUCUCCUUCCAUCUCGUUUUCUGUGUCGUCCAAUCUCACCAUGUUCGCGUGCGUCAACCCAAACUACAUCCAUGACGGAGAAAUUUUCCCCGAAAACCAUCGUAGUUAUGAUUGUACCUUGUUCAUUGUUUACUAUGGUUUUCCGACGGCAGAAGUUUCCCCUGUGCCUUCGGAUUGUCAAGUGAUUCAACUACCCGUAAAGCCGAAUUAUGAUCAAUCUUCGCUGGAAAACGUGUUCGGUUUGUUAACGAGUGAGUAUAUUCUAGAGUGGAAUGUUUCGGAAAAUUGUAGUGAAUGCCACCGAGGAGGUGGGCAGUGUCUUACAAACAACAUCGGUGAAUUCGAAUGCAAAAGCGGUAACAUUAUUUUCAUUUAUGUCAUUAAAACAUUUUAUAUAGUCUAUAUAUUUACGGGGAGUUUCUUUAGGGCUGGUUCAGUUAGUGAUAUAAGGUUCUACCGACUAAAUAGUAGGGGCUAA